UAUAUACCUCAGUCUUCCCGUUUCUUCUCCAGCUAAGAGCGCUUCAUCCACAUCUCAGGCCGAUCCGGAUCAUUCAACACAUCCAAUUGAUAUUUCAAACUCGUUGAUUCGCCCAUCUCUCGCCAUGCCUCCCAGUACUUUGUUCGAAUGGGUGGUCGGACAGAAAGUGCCCAAAAAGAAGCAAUCCUCAAGGCGCGACCUCAUCAAUGUCGAACUCGCUACCGACGAUGAAGAUGAGACCAACAUCGUCACAGUAACCUACCCACGCGAGCUUCACUCCAAGAAGAAAAACGAAGAGAGCACAGUAUCCAAGCCCGACAAUGGCCCAAAAGGCAAGAAAGUCAGCUUCGAGGACAAGCCGCUCAAGUCUGCUUUGAAGAAACCUACCCCUUCGUCCCCGGAGGAAGCCUCAUCUGAGCCUGGGAGCGAAGAGUCUGAAACGGAGAGUAGUGCUGUCGAGAGCAGCGACGACUCCGAGCCUCAGCCUCGGAAACGCAUCAAGAAAACGAAGGCAAAGAGAAAGAAAAAGAGACUGGCGAAAUCGAAGAGAUGUGGCAAAAAGACAAGUAACAACUCUGACUCAGAUUCCGACUCGGACUCAGAGUCAAGCUCAGAUGGGAGUUCGCACAAGGACUGCUCUUGUGUAUGCUGUACCGAAGGGAAAUUGCUGCUGGUAAAAGCAGUCAAAGUGGCUGCCAAGUGCAAGGAUGUGUCGCCAGAGCGAAAAGACAAGGAGAGCAAGAAGAAAAAGAAGAAGUGCAAGAAACAGAAGAAAAGGAAGUCUGCCAAGGAUGCCGCCAAGAAGAGAGCUAAGAAACCGGCCGAGAGUGAGACGGAUACGGAUACUGACACCGAAGCAACUGCGGAUAGCAGUGACACGGCUGCGGACAACACUGACACAAGCGCGGAAGACACCGGGUCGACUGGGGUUGAAGACUCGUCUGGAGCUGAGUCGGGUGAUGAGUCGUCAGCGCCCGAGACUGAUGAGGAGGCUAAGCCAGAGCCGCCUGCGAAGAACAAGAAAAACAACAAAAAGAAGAGUAAGAAAGAUGGGAAGGGAGCGAGCAGUGGCAACUCGGAUGCCAAAAGUGAAGGACAGCCCAAGAACGAUAAGGGCCAAGAUGGUGAUGCAGCAUCUAACAAGAAUGGAAAGAAAUCCAACGACGGAGCUAAUCACGAAGCCAAUGGUACAUCGAAGGAUGAGACCAAAGGAAAGGAGGGCAAGCCCGACUCCAAAACGAAUGGGGAGACGUCGAAAGAUGGCAAUGCAGCGGUCAAUGAGACCUCGUCCAAGAAGAACGACUCCGGCAAUGGAUCGAGAAAGGACUCGCCAAGAGACUUUGGAGCACGUCAUCCACAGAAAAUCAUGUCUCCACGGGAGCGGCUUCUCCAGUUGGAGCACGUGGUCGAAGAUCCCAGACACGACCCUCCUCCCAACUCCUAUUUCGACAAGGACCGUGGAGUCUGUCGCGUCUAUCACGGGCCCUACUGGGGAGGACCGUAUGGCCCCCCUAAUCCCAUCGCUGGACCACAUUACCCGAUACACCCUGGUCCGCCUGCUCUGCCUUUCAAUCCGUAUCCGCCGCCGGCCUUCUUGCCACCUCACCAGAGGGCAACCGGACCGCCGGUGACAGGCUAUCCACCGUACCCAACCUGGGAAGGCCCUUCGCAUCACCACGUGCCGUUUCCAACUCCGAACAAUCGCCAGCCAGCGCCGGCUCGUUCUGGCAGUCAAGCGCAAACACCAAAAACACCGAAAGCUGCAGUCCCGGGGGUCCCUGCCAAUUCCAAGGAAGGAGACCCUCUUGCCGGCUUUUCCCUCACCCCGCUCAAGGGCUCUUGGAACGGCGGGCAACAGACAGAGGUCAAAGAGAACGAAAAGGCCAAGGACGGAAACACGACAAGCAACAGUAACCGUCCCUGGUCCAACUUCAAAUCUGCCAAAGGAACCGGCAUCAAGUGGAACUCGCCCGGACCGAGCGGCUGGGUGAGGGAAGGGGGCACCAAGGAUAAGAACGAAAGCGACCAGAACAAUGCGGGCAACGACACCAACUUCUGGGACAACACCAACAACUGGGACAACAACAAUAACUGGGACAACAACAAUAACGGGGACAACAACAAUAACCCCACCCCUUCAUCGCCGGCGCACCUUUGGCAACAAAACCCCUCCCUCAAGGACGGAACAGGCCGCUCCCGUUCCAAGCACAGCAGAUCCAGCAGACGCGCAACCGUCACCGAUACGGUCGAGGCCAAUGAUAAUAAUCAACAUACCGAAGAAACCGCUCAGCAUACCACUCAUCCAGAGAUGAUGCCCGGAAGCUGGUGUAAUGGGGCUGACGGCAACGAUAACAACAAUGACAAUAAUAACAACAACAACAACAACAACAAUGAUUACGACAACGGAAACUGGGAUUGGGGCAACAACGAAAACAACGACAACACCGGAGACAAUACCAACAACAACAACAACGAGGACACCAACUGGGGAACAGCAGCCACCGACUGGGCCGAUCCGUCCGCCGCUCAAAGUGGCACGUGGUAGGCACGCUCGGUACCACUUUCUGCGCGGCAGAGGCCGACGACGGGGUUCGCAAUUGCGGGACGGAAAGAAAGAGGAUCCUUCUUCAUGGAAUGCGCGGUGGUGGCGGCUGGUCUUUUGGCCUGGCUUUGGCUUUGGGAUGGUGAGCAUCAUCAUCGGUAGGGUUGCCUGAUGGACGGAUGAUUGCCUACCGGGAGGGUGACCAGAGCGACUAGACUAGGCUUGCCUGCUAAUUUCAUCGCUCGGCAUGGGCGAGAGGACAGGAUCGGGCGUGGA